AUGUCACUUCAAGGGAAAAAGAGAAAGAUGGAGGAUGACAAGGAGUUGUUUGUAUGGCCGUUUGCCAAGAACAAGAACAAGUACAACAGCAACAACAAUACUGUCGAGGAACAGACACAACAAACUUUGGAAAAGGAGAAUUGGCAGCUAAAGAUUGAGAACGAGCAAUUGAAGUUGGAGAACCAAGUCGCAAAACGCCAAUUUGAUAUCGUCUGCGGGGCGAUGCAGAAAGCCUCAAAGCGGCUCAGAGAUGGCAAAGGAACGCCUCGAGCCGUGCUGGGCCACGCGGUGGAGGAAUUGAAGAAAGAAACCGAGAGGAUUGGUGAGCUCAAUGCCACCCCUCACAAGGUCUAG